AUGAGCCAUUUCGUUCCAGACUUCGACACCGAUGAUGAUCAUGUCAACGUUCACCCAAAUUCUUCUUCUUUAAAUCUCCCCGUCAUGGGCGAAGAAGAUCAUCUCAUGGAGCUUCUAUGGCAAAACGGUCAAGUGGUUCUCCAGAACCAGAGACUCAACAACAACGCCAAGAAAACGCAAGCUGCUCCGCCGCCUCCUAUGCAGCAGGAUCAGCAGCAGCCGUUGGAUCAGAGUCUCUUCAUCCAGGAAGAUGAAAUGACGUCGUGGCUCCGUGACGAUGAUUUCUGCUCAGAUCUUCUCUUCUCCGCCCCACCGACUGCGGCGUGUCAGGUCACCGCUGCGAGACCGCCGCCAGUACCACCGUUGGCGAGGCCACCGGUUCGGAAUUUCGCCAACUUCUCCAGGCUGAGAGGGGACUUUACCAGAGUUGAACCUGGACCGUCGAUUUCCAAGGCGGCUGUGAGAGAAUCGACGCAGGCCUCAUCGUCGUCGGCGGCGAGCGAAUCCGGUCUGACACGACGGACAGACGGCAUUGACAGUCGAGGGACGGUUAAUCGCGGAUUCAGCUCCGUCGUAGCUGGCGGUGGCGCAGUUGCGGGGCUCAAUCGGAAGGGAAAGGCAGUGGCCACGACGGCGCAUGCGAGUGAGAUUCCCGGCGCAUCGUCGAAGAUUGAGAUCGAGCCGGUUAAUGAACAACUGGAGAAGACGGUCGCCGACGACAGGAAACGAAAGGGGAGAGAAGACAUUGAGGAGACUGAUGAGUGCCGUAGCGAGGAAACUAAGCAGCAAGGACGUGGAUCAACAAAGAGAUGCCGAGCUGCGGAAGUUCACAAUCUCUCAGAAAGGAAACGGAGAGAUAGGAUCAACGAGAGGAUGAAAGCUCUGCAGGAACUCAUUCCUCGCUGCAACAAGUCGGAUAAAGCUUCAAUGCUUGAUGAAGCCAUUGAGUACAUGAAAUCUCUCCAGCUUCAAAUACAGAUGAUGUCAAUGGGAUGCGGUAUGAUGCCGAUGAUGUAUACCGGUAUGCAGCAGUACAUGGCGAUGGGGAUGGGUAUGAACCGGCCUCCUCCUCCUCCGUUCAUGCCAUUCCCCAACAUGUUAGCUUCCCAAAGACCUUUACCUCACAUGGGCAGCAGCUACUCUGAUCCAUCAAGACUCUAUGUAUCGAACCAGCAGUUUGAUCCGGGUUACAUGGAUCCGUAUCAGCAGUUCCGCAGUCUCCACCCGGCCCAACAACCUCAGUCCCAGAACCAAGUCACAUCGUACCCAAGUUCGAGCAGGGUAAGUAGCAGCAAGGAGGAAUCCGAGGAUCAGGGAAACCAAACAACAGGCUGA